UCCGCUUUUAGGCUUGGCUAAAUCUACAUAUUAUAUUUGAACCUCCGUGUCCCGAUGUAUAUCUAGGUAUUCACAAAUUAAAGGCAUCUGCAUCUCAGUAUGCACUGAUUUCCGCCUUUUCAACCAAAGCUCUCGCAAAAUGAGGGUUAUUUGUGCGGGUUUGAGUAAAACAGGCACCAAAAGUCUGACUAAGGCUUUAAGAAUCCUUGGUUAUACAGCAUACGACUUUUCAGACCACAGAGAUUUUCAUCUUGAUGAGUGGCGAGCUACCUAUAGCACGGGAAAAGUGCCUGAUUUUACGACUAUGUAUGACGAUGUCGACGCUGUAGCAGGUCUUCCAGCGUCCGCCUGGUUUCAGGAAAUUUACGAAGCUUUUCCUGAUGCGAAAGUUAUUUUGGCUCUCCGAGACAACGAGGAAGUUUGGGUGAGAAGCCUUUCGAAGCAGAUCCAAUUCAUCAAUACCACGGACGGGUUUUUGACCAAAAUAUCACUCAGUUGGCUGGCACCGUUCCUUGGAUCGAUCUUCGCUCCGAGCGAGAAAGCACGCUCGCUGAAGGAAAAUCUGUUGGUCCAACAAAUGAUAAUGGCAAGCUAUGGGAGCCUCAACUGGAAAUCUACGGAGCUUUUUAAGAAGAAAUAUCGUGAGCAUAACCAGAGGGUGCAGGCUGUUGUCCCAAAGGAGAAGUUACUAAUCUUCAACGUGAAACAAGGUUGGAAACCUCUUUGUGAAUUCCUUGAGCGCGAAUUACCAGAGGAAGAAUUUCCUAGGGAAAAUGUAGCAUUAUCUUUUGUUAAACAAGGAAUUUCAAAAGAACUUGAGACAAUAAAAAGCCAAUUAUUCAUGUUGAUUGCGAUUUGUGCUUUUCUUGUUGGUGUGUUUUAUGCAGCCUUUUAUUUUAGAUAUCAUUAUGUUUGA